GACACAUACACUCACACAAAUUACAAACGUUGUGAACACACAAUACUUCACUAAUAAUAAUUAAUAAUUAUUAUUUAUUUAUAAUAAUUAUUAUUAUUAUUGUCGUUUUGGAUUUAUCGCGUUGACCACCGACCCAUUACGAGGUCGGACAGCAGACAUCACGUUAAAUACGAACGACAAUUGUGUUUUCAUUUUCAUCAAAAACGUGAUCCGCUGUGUACGUUACCGCGCAGCCACCCGGCAUUCUGCUCAACACCAAUCAAGCAACUAAAAUACAUUCCUUUGGCUGUUGGUCACUUAUUUUUGAUCUUUGUGUCUCUAGUAUCUCUCAAUUUCAAAUAAUGGCUACCAAUGUACUGCAAACCAACAACACUGGCAAAAUUAAUAACAAACGCUUGGCAUUGGUACAAAUUGUAAAAAUUGAUCUGAAUGCUGGAAACAACCCCGAAACCCAGGAUGAUGGUAUUGUAUACUCACCCGCUUACAUUUCCACUACCAAUACUUGUGUCUUGAAUAGUGGAACAUCAUCUCAGGGGAUACAAUUUCAAUUAUUGGAUGGUAACAAUGAGAGUAUUAUAGAAUUUACUCCCAGUUAUUCAGUAGACUAUUGUAAAGUUUCCAAAGACACAUAUGCCAUACAGUUUAAUAAUUACACAUAUAUGUUAAAGUUUAAAACACAUAUAGAUUUAUAUGAAUUUACUGUAUUAUUGGCUCGUGCUAAAAAAGGAAAUGAACUCUCAGUUUUUUCGAAUCGAACUGAUGAAGCAUCAGCGGCACAGUAUUUCCAGUUUUAUGGAUAUCUUUCUCAACAACAAAACAUGUUACAAGAUUACAUACGUACAAGUACCUAUCAAAAAGCAGUGCUUAUUAAUACUAUAGACUUUCAAGACAAAAUUGUACUAGAUGUAGGCGCUGGAUCAGGAAUAUUAUCAUUUUUUUCUGUUCAAGCUGGUGCUAAAAAAGUUUAUGCUGUUGAAGCAAGUUCAAUGGCACAACAUGCUCAGACUUUGGUGGAUUCUAAUAAUUUAGGAGACAAAAUUUUUAUUGUUGCUGGUAAAAUUGAAGAAAUUGAUUUACCUGAAAAAGUAGAUGUUAUUAUAUCAGAACCAAUGGGAUAUAUGCUCUACAAUGAACGUAUGCUUGAAACUUAUUUACAUGCUAAAAAGUGGUUAAAACCAGGAGGAAAAAUGUAUCCUAGUAAAGGAGAUUUGCACAUAGCUCCAUUUACUGAUGAUGCCUUAUUCAUGGAGCAAACAAAUAAAGCUAGCUUUUGGGUUCAGUCAUGUUUUCAUGGAGUUGACUUGAGUUCAUUAAGAGAUAUGGCUAUGCGAGAAUAUUUUCGACAGCCAAUAGUUGAUACCUUUGAUAUUCGUAUAUGCCUUGCAAAGUCUGUCAAACAUAGCUUAGAUUUUCUCACAGCUACUGAACAACAGUUGCACAAGAUUGACAUUCCACUUGAAUAUUAUAUACUUGAAUCUGGAACAGUUCAUGGACUAGCUUUUUGGUUUGAUGUUGCAUUUCAAGGCAGCAGCCAAACUUUAUGGCUAUCUACUUCACCUACUGAAUCUUUAACUCAUUGGUAUCAAGUCAGAUGCCUUCUCGAAAAACCUAUUCUUGUUAAAGUUGGUCAAAUUUUAACUGGUAGUGUAUCACUUCAAGCUAAUGUUAGACAAAGUUAUGAUGUUUUCAUAAAUUUGAUGAUUGAUGGGCUUCCACACACAAGUUCUUCCAACAAUUUGGAUCUUAAAAACCCAUACUUCCGAUAUACUGGUCAACCACCACAACCUCCUCCUAGUGUGAAUACUAUAUCACCUAGUGAAAGUUAUUGGGCAAACUUGGAUCUUCAAAGUACUACUUCUGCUUUAAACAUGGUUAAUGGCAUUCCAUUGAACGGUUAUGCUACAGACAUUUCCAUGGAUAUGCAAACAUCUCCAACUGCUGUAGCCAACAAUGCAAAUCUUAUAAAUUUAGUUACUGUACCUCAACCAAAUAUUCAUCCAGGAUCUAUAAGUAGUACUGGACGACAACGUGUUAGUACAGCUACUUCUACAGCAGGAGCACAACUCAUUGGUGGUGGAAUAUCUCCAACCUUAUUUACUUCCAACCAGAACCAAAAUCAACAACUUUUGUUAGGAGCAGCAACAGCUGCUGCAGGAGGUUCAACCACUGCUAUGGGAAAUUAUCCAGUUAACAACAGUUUAAUGAUUGGAGACUAUGUUGCGCCCAGCACUGGUGUUUUAAAUAUUUCAUAUCGUUAACUUAUUACAUUAUGGUUUAUUUGUAUUACAAAAUAAAUCUUAAACCGGGACAAAUUCAAAUCCCUUUUUAAGGAGAUUCAUUUUUCCUAGCAUAAAUUUACCAUCUACUCAAAUAUUUGAUUUAUCUACAAUAAUUAUAUUUAUAGU